AUGGGGAAUUGUUUUUAACAAGAGGAAGAGAAGAAUUAGAAGUCUUCAAUAAAGAAGGUGGAUAGUUUUCUUGCUAAGCAGAUUGAGAAAAAGAAUGAGAAGCAAAAGGUGACUUUGAAGGAUUUUUUAAGUCAAGGCGAAAUCGGACGAGGUAAAUUCGGGAAGGUUUUAAGGGUGAAAAUGAAGGGGAAGGAUAAUCGGGAAUAUGCAAUGAAAGUUAUUAAAAAAGCUGAUAUCUUGCAAUAUGGACUUGUAGAACACACAAUGUUAGAAAAGAAUGUCUUGGGAGCAAGCAGAAACCCGUUUGUUGUCAAAUUGAAAUACUCGUUUUAAACAGAGCAAAAACUUUAUUUGGUGAUGGAAUUCAUAAAGGGUGGUUAAUUAGCCAAAGUAUUAAGAAAACGAUAAUCAGGUAGAUUCACAGAAGAAUAAACCAGAUUUUGUGCUGCCGAAAUAAUAUUAGGUUUGCAAUACAUGCAUAAUACACUUAGAGUAAUCUAUAGAGAUUUGAAACCAGAAAAUGUGAUGGUCACUGAAGAAGGACAUUUGAAAUUGACUGAUUUUGGUCUAUCCAAACAAUAUGAAACCGAAGAAGCAAAAUUUUUUACUCUUGCAGGAACACCGGAAUACUUGGCUCCAGAAAUAUUGGUUAAUUAGGGUCAUAAUCAUAUGGUUGAUUUCUGGUGUCUAGGAGUUCUAAUUUAUGAGAUGUUGGUGGGUGAGACUCCAUUUUAUGAUUGCUAAAGAAAUCAUAAUACUAUAGAACACAAUAUUAAGAAUGCAUAGAUUAAAUAUCCUAAUUUCUUGAGUGAGCAAUCGAAGAGCAUUGUGGAUCGAUUAUUGAAUAAGGAUCCAAAAUAAAGAUUGGGGGCCAAAUCUAUUUAAGAGAUAAAGGAUCACCAUUUCUUCGAUGAUAUCAAUUGGGAAUAACUCUAUAAUUUGGAAAUCCCUUCUCCAAUUUUAGAAAAUACUUAAGUUUAUGUAAGAGUCAAGAAUGAUAAUUUCUAGCCCCAGUUUAAAAAGGACUAGUUUGGUAAAAGAAUCUAUGAAACACCAUCAUCGCAUUUUAUCGAAACUAAUGGGGAUUUCAAAGGCUUCUCUGCAGUUUAAGAAUGA